GCUUUAUCCCGCCUACUACUACUGCUAUUAUUCAACUUGCUCGGUUGCUCUUGCUGUUGUCAUUCCUAGGUCGAGCAAAAUUUGUGUGUUGUUGGUGGGAGUUUAACAAAUUAGCUCAUUGUGAAAUAGAAGGUAGAUUCUGACUGAACUAGAUUGGAAAGAGACCUUCUUAAUUACUGUAAUAGAAAUGGACAUACCCGAAACAGAUAGUGAGGAUGAAAUGGCCCCUGGUUGGGAAGAGAGAUGUACUGCUGAUGGGUUGGUGUUUUAUGCACAUCAUGCUACACAGACAACACAGUGGCAUCAUCCAAGGACUAAUAAGAAGAAGAGGGUCACAGGAGAAUUGCCAUAUGGCUGGGAAAGGCAGAUCACUGAAGAUUCAAAAGUACUCUUUGUGGAUCACAUUAACGAAACUACAACGUACACUGAUCCAAGGUUAGCAUUUGCAGUCGAGGAAACACAGAGUUUUGGAGAUCUGCGACAAAGGUUUGACAGUAGUUCAUCAGGUCUCCAGGUUCUACAUGGAAGAGAUUUAACUGGUCGACUUGCGAUAGUCACUGGUGCUAACUGUGGUGUUGGUUUUGAAACUGCUCGGUCUUUAGCUUUCCACGGAUGUACAGUUAUAUUUGCUUGUAGAGAUUUAGAUAAAGCAGAGCAAGCAAUCAAGAAGAUUCGUAUCCAGAGGCCGAAUGCUCUAUGUUAUCCAAUGAAGGUUGACUUCAGAUCACUCUCAAGUGUGAAAGUAUUUGCUCAUGCUUACACUGUGAAAUUCAAACGGUGUGACAUUUUAGUACUGAAUGCCGGAGUUUUUGGGCUGUCGCAUUCUACUACCGAAGAUGGUUUUGAGACUGUGUUCCAAGUCAAUCAUCUGGCUCAGUUUUAUCUAGCUUUAUUGCUGCAGCCGCUACUUGUGAAAUCUACUCCAUCAAGAGUCGUAUUUGUAGCAGCAGAAAGUCAUCGAUUUGCAACCUUACAUUGUGGUAACAUUGAAGAAGAAGUUUUGUCACCAUUGUUCAGUGCUGCAUAUUCGUCUGUUAGGGCUUAUGCCAACACAAAGCUUUGCAAUGUACUUACAGCUCUUGAAAUGCAGAGAAGAUUUGGUGAAAAGGGGAUCAACUGCUAUGCAGUCCACCCAGGAAAUGCAUUAUCUACUUACCUUACCCGUCACUGGUUGGCAAUGCGCCUGCUGCAUGCAGUAGUACGUCCUUUUACAAAAUCCAUGCAACAGGCAUGUGCAUCAGUGGUCUACUGUGCCGCAAGCAAUGAUGUUUCAAGAUACGGAGGUAUAUACGUCAACAACUGUGUGCCUUGCUUACCUUCGCAGGAGGCUCUGAAUAGUAUCAUGUCAAACCGUUUAUGGGUAACUUCACUUACAAUGAUUGAAAAAGUCUUAGGCCAGAGAGCUUUCUCAGCAGAGACAGGUGAUCAGUUUUGAUGGCUACGCAUAACUAACCUUGUGCUUUUUGUAAAAGUACUGUACCAGUUAUGUUAUUUUUAGUUCAUUAAUCUCUUUUUAUCAAAAUAUGCUCUGACUUGCUACAGUUAGAUUCAUGUCUGAACUCCAAAUAGUAUACAAGAUAUUCUCUAGACCUUGAUAUAAACGGUAUCAGGUCUCUGCUCUUUUUUUUAUUCACUCCAAAAUAGAUUUUUUUUUCAGUCCUUAUGAACCACUGAAUAUAUGUAUAUCGCAUAUCAA